GGCUCGGCUCGGCACGGCCCCGCCGGCACUCGGCUGGACGCUCUCGCCCGGCGCCGCCGCAGCCGCGCAGCCCGUGGGGACGAGAGAACUGUGGAGAUUGGCAUUAAUUGUGCUGCUGCCCUUUGGCGUUGUAUUGGCCCCGUCACAAAGCAGCCUGGAGCUUGCCUGCAGUCAGCACCAGCAGAGAUCGCCUGCCUCAUUCAGUGCAAGUGUGGGGGAAGCUUUAGCUCCACGUGUGCUUGCAGAUUCCACAGUCUCCCCAGGACCACGCUGCCAUGGGACACCACAGCACGUGGACGUGGCAGGAGCUGCUGGUGCUGCUGGGGGUGCUCUGGCUGUGGGGAGGCAGCGCCCAGCCCACCCCUCCGGGCCCCACGCGCAGCCCUGCGCCCCAGCUGAAGUUUCGCCUGGCUGGCUACCCACGUAAGCACAACGAGGGCCGUGUCGAGGUCUUCUACAACGAUGAAUGGGGCACCAUCUGCGACGACGACUUCACGCUGGCCAACGCGCACGUGCUGUGCCGGCACCUUGGCUUCGUGGCUGCCACUGGCUGGGCCCACAGCGCCAAGUACGGCAAAGGCGUCGGGCGGAUCUGGCUGGAUAACGUGAAUUGUGAGGGAGGUGAGAAGAGCAUUGGGGACUGCAAACACCGGGGCUGGGGGAACAGUGACUGCAGCCAUGAGGAAGAUGCAGGUGUCAUCUGCAAGGAUGAGCGCAUCCCAGGCUUCAAGGACUCCAACGUCAUUGAGACAGAGCAGAGCCACGUGGAGGAGGUUCGUCUGCGGCCGGUGGUGUCAGGGGCCCGGCGGCGGCUGCCGGUGACAGAGGGCAUCGUGGAGGUGCGCUACAAGGAUGGCUGGGCACAGAUCUGCGAUGAGGGCUGGGACACCAAGAACAGCCGUGUCAUCUGUGGCAUGAUGGGCUUCCCUGCAGAGAAGAAGGUGAACAGGAACUUCUACAAGCGGUUGAAGCGCGCAGCCAGGACGAAGGGACAGAGCCCAAGGCCGGGCAGCAGGCUGGCCUCCAAAUCUCAGCCUAAACAAAAGCGCAGGGAGGACGUAGGGUCCAGGAAGAGGCUGUUUGCGGAGCGGCAGCAGCUCAACUACCGCCUGCACUCCGUGUCCUGCACAGGGACGGAGGUGCACCUCUCCAUGUGCACCUUCCAGUUCUACCAGGGCAACACCUCCACAGCCUGCGGGGCCGGCAUGCCCGCCGUUGUCAGCUGCCUGCCUGGGCCCCUCUUCACCUCUGGCAGCACCCACAAGAAGAAGCAGCGCCAGCAGCAGCAGGGCCAGCUGCGGAUCCGGCUGAAGGGAGGUGCGAAGGCCGGGGAGGGCCGUGUCGAGGUGCUCAAGAGCAGCGAGUGGGGCACAGUCUGCGAUGACCGCUGGAACCUGCUGUCAGCCAGCGUGGUGUGCCGCGAGCUGGGUUUUGGCAGCGCCAAGGAAGCCCUCACUGGGGCACGCAUGGGCCAAGGGACAGGGCCUAUCCACCUGAACGAGGUGCAGUGCCUGGGCACCGAGAAGUCCCUCUGGAGCUGCCCCUUCAAGAACAUCACGCAGGAGGACUGCAAGCACACGGAGGAUGCAGCCGUCCGCUGCAACAUCCCCUACAUGGGCUACGAGAACCUGAUUCGGCUGAGCGGGGGUCGGAGCCGCUUCGAGGGGCGGGUCGAGGUGGCGGUGGGGGCUGGUGACGGGGACGAGCUCCACUGGGGUCUGGUCUGCGGCGAAGGCUGGGGUACGCUGGAGGCGAUGGUGGUCUGUCGCCAGCUGGGUCUGGGAUUCGCUAACCACGGCUUACAAGAGACGUGGUACUGGGAUGCCAGCAACGUGACGGAGAUGGUGCUGAGCGGUGUGAAGUGUGCUGGCCACGAGAUGUCCCUGAGCCACUGCCAGCACCACGGCAGCAGCCUGAACUGCAGGAACACAGGCACGCGCUUCGCCGCAGGCGUCAUCUGCUCGGAGACCGCCUCCGACCUGCUGCUGCAUGCGCCGCUGGUGCAGGAGACGGCGUACAUCGAGGACCGGCCGCUGCACAUGCUGUACUGUGCCGCCGAGGAGAACUGCCUCUCCAGCUCGGCCCGCCUGGCCAACUGGCCCUAUGGGCACCGCCGCCUGCUCCGCUUCUCCUCCCAGAUCCACAACAACGGCCGUGCCGACUUCCGCCCCAAGGCUGGCCGCCACUCCUGGGUCUGGCACGAGUGCCACCGGCACUAUCACAGCAUGGACAUUUUCACCCACUACGACAUCCUGACUCCCAAUGGCACCAAGGUGGCAGAGGGCCACAAGGCCAGCUUCUGCCUUGAGGACACAGAGUGUGAAGAAGAUGUGGCCAAGCGGUACGAGUGUGCCAACUUCGGGGAGCAGGGCAUCACGGUGGGCUGCUGGGACCUGUACCGGCACGACAUCGACUGCCAGUGGAUCGACAUCACUGAUGUCAAGCCUGGCAACUACAUCCUGCAGGUCGUGAUUAACCCCAACUUCGAGGUGGCAGAGAGUGACUUCACCAACAAUGCCAUGAAAUGCAACUGCAAGUACGAUGGGCACCGUAUCUGGGUGCACAGCUGCCACAUCGGCGACGCGCUCAGCGAGGAGGCCAGCAAGCGGUUUGAGCAGUACCCGGGCCAGCUGAACAACCAGAUCUCGUAGGGCCCAGACACAGGAGCCCCGGGGAGAUGGGCAUCUCCCUCCUCCGCCCCACACGUGCAGGAGGAAGCUGCUGCGGGGCCAGUGGGGGGCUUGCCCCCAACACCUCUGAGCCCUGCACCACUCUGGGGGCUGCCCAGGACUCACCGCCGGGGAGCCAGGGCUGGAGGCACCGGCGGCCUGGGGCACUGCCCCAAACACUGGCCGGACGCUGCACCCCCUUCCUGGGCUGCAGCACCAUGGCACGGUCAGGGGAGGCCCCACGCCCCCUCCUGCCGCACCAUGCUCCCCCCGCUCCCUGUCCCCACCACCCCACUGCACCCCCUCCUGCUCCCCCAGCCCAGUUCCUCUCGCCCUGAGCUGCCUUCUCUGGGGCUCUGCCCUCUGCUGGCACCAGGAUCCCCUGCCCACCUGGGGACCCCCCCGAUCAGGGCCAGCCUCUGUCAUGCCCCAGGAGCCCCUUGUUCCCUAGGACGCUGUGGCCGCCCUGCACUGGCAGUGCUGCCUCUGGCUGCCCAGCAGCAGCUCCCACACUCAUUCCUUAGUUGUAAUUUUAUUUUCUUGAUAAAGUUGUCUGUUCUAUUUC